AUGACUCUUGAAGUCGAGAGCAACGAUAUCAAGCAUCCACACUUUGAGAACGCGGUCAUGGAGAAAUCUCUCUCCAUGGACUCGCAUAUUGAAGUAGACGACGAUGAGAGUUCCAUCUCAGCCUCAUCCGACAUACAGCUAUCGACAUUUGAACGAGUACUCUCGACACAUGCUCCCAUAUUUGAAUCACUCUUACUACAGAUCCCUACAGAAACCAUCUUCCAACUAUACCAUACCUCCUCCUACCUUCGAAACUUCUUACAAUCAUACCCGACAGCAUGGAAAUUCUUAUCCUUCCGCUUACUCUUCCCAUCCGGCUCCCAGAACCGACCUUUGCUGAUGGGCAGUCCAGAUCCUGCUGCCUCACGCCAAUCACGACCUUACGCCUUGGAUCAGUUGUUGAUGUUGGUUGUCAUCCCGAUCAGUCCUUGUUUGAAAAGCCUGGAGCUUGACAAUACCGCCGUAUCUGGGCAAAUACUCAUAUCCACCGUCCUUCACUCCCGACGAGAGACACUAGAACAUCUCUCCGUGCGCGGUUGCAAAAAUGUGUCUCUCAAAUACCACAUCAUUCCGUAUCUCACGAUGUACGGCUUACAGUUCGAUGUUGACAUGGGCAAUAUCAGUGGCAGUUCAGUGACUAAGCAGAAACUAGCCUUGAAGAGUCUCUACACAUAUCGUUGCCGACAUCAUCGACGUCGUCCGUAUCUCGGUUCCUCACUAGCCCGUCGUGACUCAGAUGCAGAGCCCACACAUGAACUCGUCAACCUCUGUCAUAAAUUGGGGAUCUGGACCGAUACCGCCUGGUGUACUAGUCCUGCGGGCCGAUGUUUUCGACGACGCGGAUAUGUCUCUAUGAGGGUUCCACAUGGCGCUCCUGAGGUCUGGGUUGUAUUCGAUCGUCUAUGGAGGUCGAAGAACUGGCUUGGUCCGAUGAAUGCGAGAGCUGAACAAGAUAAGAGAAAGGAUGGAAGACUUUGGGAGCAAGAAGAAACAGGAUACCACGGCGAAGCCCUAGGCACGGGAGAUCGGUCUGGUUUUGGAGAUGGAAAAUUCAUUCCCGCUCAUCUACGACAUAGUCACAGGUUCUUCGUCGAGGAUACCAAGUGCGAUAAUUGCUUGGAGCCAAUAGGUGAGCGAUGCGAGCAAUGCAGCGUCAUCAUGCAUUGCGUCGGUUGUCGGAAAACAUUGUGUGCAAGCUGUGCCUAUAGCUACCCUUAUGUCCAAAACCAGGUUACCUGGGCACAGUCACCACUAGCACCCAUGACUAACCCCUUGUGGUGGGCGCCGAAUGCUACGAUUUCUCCUUGUAACAUGCAUGAUCCAGCACCAGACGCAAAUGUCGAUAACCUUCCGAACCCUGCCGCUACUGUUCAAUACCCGAAUUUGAACUUCCACUGGUGUUGCACCGAACCGAUCUUUUCAGGUGGUGGAGGUAUCAGUAUUGGAACGACAACACGCGAUGUUGAUGUUGUUCGAGCAGCACCCCUACCGAAGAGCCGUGGCUGGGAAGACCCAGAAUUUGUGGGAUGUGCAUCCAACAGUCAGAGCACCGAGAAUUUGUUAGAAACAAGCACCUCCGAGGGACUACACCAAUUAAUAGGACCGCCAGGCCGCCAGAUAUCAUCAUGCCCCCGCAAUCUAUGCGAUGAUUGCUAUAAUUCACCUCAAUGGAAGGUACACUGCAAGAGCUGUUCGAAACCACUCUGCAAAGAACACGACCUUCGAGGAUUACGUCUCCGUAUAUGUGGGUAUAAAGAGCUUGCUGUUGAGAAAGCCGCUUUGCAAUCUCAACCGCCUUCUACUCUCAGAACAAACAGUUCCAAUCUGCCAUCUCAAACCGGACCGUCGUUGUUCAGACCUCGCAUCAACACGGCCGCUGCUUUUAUUUCACAAUUACAAUCACAAGGACCGACGCCGAAUAUGGACCGGGAUUCGCCUUCCACCUCAAGCAGUGUUGCUGGGGAUAAUGUUGUUCAAGGAGUUGGCGAAAUGCAUCCGGCAGUUCUACAAGAUUUCAUUCGAGCACGUGGGCAUGCAGAAGAAGGUAUGGCAACAGGACGCCGCGCAGGACGCAGCCGAUCACCUACCUAUUCUAGCCUGUCCCGCUCAUCAUCGCGCUCCUCUGUCUACUACGAUGCUGCUGCUGAGAUCACCAAGUGGCAAGGAUGUCGGUCGUACUUUUGCCCGCAAUACAGGCCUCUGGGAGACCAACGUCAGCGCUGCCCUAGUGUAUUACGUGAGUGCACCAAUUGCUCAAUCAAUGUGUGUCAAGACUGUGUGAACAGCAACCCACCUUGUUCUUGCUCUUACUGCGAGGUCAACUACCUGUGUCCAAACUGUCUGAAAAUCAGAGAGGAGGAUGGUACAUGCCGACGUGUAGAGGAAGAGAAAGCGAGAAAGGAGGAAAAAUGGAAGCGAGACAUGGAAAUGCUUGAAGACAUCCUAGAAAGAAAAAUUGCCAACGAAGUUGCCGAGUUUGCUGGUGAAUUCUUAGAUCUCAUCUCUGAUGGCAUGCGCUCGAAUCUAUUGAGUGAUUUUCACCGUUCAUUGGAACAAAUGUCUGCCCUGACGCAAGGGGAUCUGAGACAUGGUCCGUCGGCCGCACAUCACCAUCCUCUUUCACAGCUACAACGGCAGCUACCACAAACAGGAAUGUUGCAGACACACGACGGAGGCGAUGCUGAGCAUGGUCAAUUCCCAUUCGAUCAGAAUAAUUCAGAUGAGGAUAUGAUCAAUGACGAGGCUAUUACCCCUAUUGCGGACUGA